AUGCAGCCAUUCAAAUCCGCUCUGCUUCUGGGGCAAGGGCGCCACAUCGGACACUGCCAACUCGGCCAGCAGAAGACAAGAGAGCGCACAAAGCAAACCCCUGCCAAUACAGCAGCCACUCUUGCACACACUCACUCGCUCGCCUCAGAAACGGUCCUCCUCUCUCCGAGCAUUCAGACAUUGGAGCAGACUAGACUGAGCCAACAUCUGACUUGCAGCAAGUUGGAAGGCUUUCAGGAAUUUGCGAAUCAAGACGUUGACGGGAAGCGGAAGAUGAGCAUCCAUCUUGACCCUAGUGUGAUGGCCGACCCCAACUUAGGCAUUCGUCUAGCCAGUGAACUGCAGCGCCGAGUUGGGAAACUGCCCAUAAUCCGUCCGCAUCCCUUCCACUUGGACUCUCAGCCUGGUGUGAUCAUCCAAUUGAUACAGGCCGAGCCGCACUCUUUCGCCGAGAUCUCACGGUUGGUACGCGCAGCACGAACUAUGAAACUGACUGUUCGUGCCCACGGAGACCGAUCCUCAGGAGAUCAAGGCAUCUACGGGAGCCCUAUAACCGUGCUGGUUGACUGUAGCCGACUAUCGGAUAGCCCACGAAUGGAGCUGGUCAAGUUGCGCCGCCGGGGCGAGUUGGGCGAGAUUCAGGGUCUGCGAGUACUUGCAGGCGUUCGGAUAGCAGAGCUGAUUGACUUUCAGGCAAGAUUGACCCUUGUUCUGGUACCUUCUUCUGUUGUAAGUUGA